CCAGCAGGGCUGAAGGCACUGCCUGCAGCCACUCCGGGCACAGCACAGAGGCACAGAGAGCUUCAAUCAGUCAGGGCUGGGAAAAUGCUGAGAAGUGACUGGGGGAGAAUCAUUCGCAGCCCUUGACACUGGAAUUCUAUGGCUGCAGGACAAUGCAGCUGCAGCUCCUGCAGAGAUCUCCUCAAGCUGGAACAUCCCACUGACUCUGGAUUCUUUCUUAAGGCAUCUGAACUGUACCUCCAGUGCUAUGCAGGAGUUUCCUAAAGUGCUUUCAGCCACUCCUCUGCCCAUGGACAGCACCAGUGUCACCUUUGCUGGAGCCAUCAGGGUUCCCAUGUUCAGACACAGCAAAUGUCCAACAGCAGCUCCAUCAGCCACUUCCUCCUGCUGCCAUUGGCACACACGCGGCAGCUGCAGCUCCUGCACUUCUGCCUCUUCCUGGCCAUCUCCCUGGCUGCCCUCCUGGCCAACGGCCUCAUCAUCAGCGCCGUAGCCUGCGGCCACCUCCUGCACAGCCCCAUGUUCUUCUUCCUGCUCAACCUGGCCCUCAGCGACCUGGGCUCCAUCCUCACCACUGUCCCCAAAGCCAUGCACAAUUCCCUCUGGGACACCAGGAGCAUCUCCUAUGAAGGAUGUGCUGCACAGCUCUUUCUGUUUUUCUUUUUCAUUGGAGCAGAGUACUGUCUCUUGACCAUCAUGUGCUACGACCGCUACGUGUCCAUCUACAAACCCCUGCACUACGGGACCCUCCUGGGCAGCAGAGCUUGUGCCCACAUGGCAGCAGCUGCCUGGGCCAGUGCCUUUCUCUAUGCUCUGCUGCACACAGCCAAUACAUUUUCCCUGCCCCUGUGCCAUGGCAAUGCCCUGGGCCAGUUCUUCUGUGAAAUCCCACACAUCCUCAAGCUCUCCUGCUCCAAAUCCUACCUCAGAGAACUUGGGCUUCUUGUGCUAAGUGCUUUUCUAUAUUUUGGUUGUUUUGUGUUCAUUGUUUUCUCCUAUGUGCAGAUCUUCAGGGCUGUGCUGAGGAUCCCCUCUGAGCAGGGACGGCACAAAGCCUUUUCCACCUGCCUCCCUCACCUGGCCGUGCUCUCCCUGUUCCUCAGCACUGGCACAUUUGCCUACCUGAAGCCCCCCUCCAUCUCCUCCCCAUCUCUGGAUCUGUCAGUGUCAGUUCUGUACUCGGUGGUGCCUCCAGCCCUGAACCCCCUCAUCUACAGCCGGAGGAACCAGGAGCUCAAGGCUGCAGUGUGGACACUGAUAACUGGACCAUUUAAUUAA